AUGAAGCAUCAGUCAGAGUGCCCUAACAGUGGUGAAGUAAGAAGGCAUUCCAGUCUGUCAGGUGAUGACAACAAGGGCACAAGCAUACUGUCACUGCUCCUUGAUGAUGGAACUAUGGUUUUCAUAAUGAAUGAUUUGCAGGAAGCGGAUUCCCACGCGACUGCUAACCCAGCCUCCGAAGACGCCGUGACGGUGGCACCGCAUGACGAGACGCCCUUGAAGGACACAACGCUCGCCACCACCACCACCACCACCACCACCACCAUCACCGUCGUCGUACCAGAGGCGUCGUUUCCGAACGCCAGCCCUUCGACAGGGAUGGACACAUGGAUACAGGAACAACGGUCGCCGAAGCGAGAUCGGAAGUCGUUGCUGUUGGCAGUGGCGCCGGAGUACCGUCAGAUUGUGAGCGUGACGCGUCGACCCCUGCGGUAUCCGCAGCAGCUCGAAGGCUCACCGAUGCGUGGUCCGACGGACGACGGUCAGCGGGAGGAGAAGAGAGCGCCGAUGCCCAGUAACACAACAGAGACGUCGGCUGUCGAGGAUCCUGUUACUACCUCUGAAAAUGUUGCACUUAAUGUUAAUGAAUACCCGUCUUUAAAACCUGCGUUAACUGCUGAAAUUCCGUCCCGUGACAGCGAGUUUCCCACUAAAAAGCGUCCUCUAGAGGACAUUGAAAAACAUGUUGAUGAGGACUCUUCCUGUGAAACACCCGUUGCCAGCAAGCCGAAGCCAAGUCCUGAAGAUCUGUUGGAAGGGGAAAAAGGGGAUGAAAUGCAGGUCGAUGUAGCUCCCACUUCCGCACAAGGUAUUAUACCGCCACGACCAGAUAGUGACGCAUCUGGUAGUGACCUUUCACAGACAUGUGACCCUGAGCCUGAGGUCACAGCUGCAAGAACCGCAUCAAGUGCACAGCCCAAACAGUGCCAACAGUACGAGGAAGUAUCAAGUAAACAACCUGCUGACUCCGAAGCGCAACACCGCGCCGAAGGAGGAAAUAAACAAGCAUCACCUCCUCGCCAGCAAGACAACACAACAGACAACACGCCGGAGCCAAAUAUUGACGACUCGCAAGCCACCGCCGUUGCGCCAGACGGCCACCGUCGGAGGCUGCGCCCGAAACCAGGUCUUGCUGUCACGCGUCAUGCAGCGAAAGCCACACCAGAGAAGAAAGACAUCAAGAAAAAGAAUAUUAAAUAUGAAGUCAUCAGGGUCUAUACUGACGAGGAGAAAGAUAAAGACCACAGUGACUUAUAG